GAAAUCUCCAGUGAAAUCUAUAACAUCCCCUUACCCUGUGCCCUAUCAGAACAGGCCACCACUAUCCUACUAUAUCUCCCUCUCCCCAGCCAAAAAACUCUUGAUUUUCUAUUAUAGAAAAAAGAAAACCCUUGAGGAAAUGAAGUUUAUAUUUCCUUUAUGGUUAAUCAUCUUCUUGUGUUGUCAUGCUAUGGCUUUGGAAAAGAAGCCCUCAUCGAAACAAGAAGAUUUCGCCAUCUCAGAACCUGGUAAAUGUGGACAAUUUCAUGGUGGUCUGAAUGACACUGGGAGACUGAAUGGAGAAGAUGAAAGAAAGGAAUACAAGGGAAACCAUGAACUUUUUCACUCAAUAUUGAUGGGAAAGAAAGGGAAGGGAGUUUAUGGGGGCGCCAAUAUCGUUCACCGCCCACGCCCUGGUGAAAAAAAUGAUGCAGUAUUAACAGCAAAGGCUUCCUUCGUUGUGUCAGCCACCAUGUUUUCUGUGAGCUUGGCUUUGGUUGUCAAGUUUUUUCCUCUUUAAGUUAUAUUGAUUGAACUACUACUUGGACUUGGGCAUUUUGAUAUUUUUCAAUGUCAAUCAGUUUUCUGGUCAUUGCUUGCCAGUAGCCACUCCAACAUAGUUGUGGGUUUUUUAAUUAUUAUUAUUAUUAUUACUUUGAGAUUUUAAUGUUUCCUGUUGUAACCUAAAUUGUGAGGCCAAUCAUUACUAUUAACAGCAUUCUCUAUCAUAUUUAUC